UGCUGGAGUUAAUCUAAAGCAAGAUUACUCGAUGUCCAUUUGGAUUAGCUUUCCUAGAAGGUGCAGGAAGGUGCCCAAUCAUCUUCGACGCGAUGCAGCGCGAUGCACACCGUCAAGUGAUUACUGUGUCUUGACAUGGCCUGUUUCUUCUCAAGUUCUCAACGGAGCAAAUGCCUGCAAAUGCUGUCUAGCAUCGUUCCAUCAGAUUAAUCUUUGUGUGCUGAGGAAGCCUUAGGGCAAAUUUCAAUGCAAUACGAACUUCUACCUAUAUAACUGGACCGUUACGAAGAAGAAAAUCGUCUUUGGACGUUGUAGUCGCUACAUCCAUCAUGCCCGAUAUCCUUCCACCACCUCCUCCGCCCCCUCAUAUUUCCAAAAAUGCCAUUACAAGCAGGGAGCCUGGAUUCGAAACAAGACAGCUACAUGCUGGAUAUGACCUUGACAUAACUUCAAGUAAAUCAAGAGCUGUACCUAUAUUUGCAACGACAAGCUUUGUCUUUCGAGACACAGAUCAUGCUGCCAGUGUAUUCGGGAUGGAGACUCCUGGUUUUGCAUAUUCCAGAAUGUCGAACCCCACAGUGGAUGUAUUUGAGAAACGCAUAGCUGCUCUAGAAGGCGGUUUCGCUGCUGUUGGUGCUGCGAGUGGACAGGCUGCCGGGUUUAUGGCUAUUGCUACAUUGGCUGCCACUGGGGAUAAUGUUGUCAGUUCGGCAAAUUUAUUCGGAGGAACGUUUAUUCAAUUCAAAUACCUCUUCAAGAAAUUCGGGAUUACUUUUAAAUUCAUUACGGAUGAGAACCCGGAAUCAUACGAUGCAGCUGUUGAUGAGCGCACUAAAGCCAUAUUCGUCGAAAGUAUAGUCAAUCCAACCAGCAAAAUUUCGCCACUACCUUCACUUUCUAAGAUUGCGCAGAAACACAAGAUCCCUUUCAUUGUUGACAAUACCUGUGGAGCAGGCGGCUAUGUAAUUAGACCGUUUGACCAUGGAGCAGAUAUCAUAGUUACGAGUGCAACCAAAUAUCUCGGAGGUCAUGGAACGACAAUUGGUGGAUGCAUAAUCGACAGCGGAAAAUUCGAUUGGGUUACCUCCGGUAAAUUUCCAGGCUUAACUGAACCCUCCGACCCUUCUCAUGGCAUUAAAUUCGUCGAUCAAUUUGGCCAACGAGCGUUCACUGUCAAACUCCGAAUGGAAAUCCUUCGUGAUCUUGGUGCAACCCUGAAUCCUUUUGCAGCGUUUUUGCUCCUGCAAGGAAUUGAAACAUUGAGUUUGAGGAUGCAGAAACAUUCGGAGAAUGCUUUGGCGCUUGCAAGGUGGCUCGAGAAGCAUCCGUGCGUAGCUUGGGUCCUCUAUCCCGGUCUUGAAAGUCACCCUUCACAUGACCUCGCGAAGGAAAUAAUGCGCCCGAACGUCUUUGGAGGUAUUCUCAGCUUCGGGGUAAAAGGCGAUCCUACGAAUGGGAAGAAGACUGUGGACAAACUCAAAUUAGCAAGCCUUCUUUCUAACAUCGGUGACUCGAAAACCUUAGUGAUCCAUCCUGCGUCUACAACUCACGGCGCCCUGUCACCAAAAGAGCUCUCUGAGUCGGGCGUAACUGCCGACCUAAUACGGGUGUGCGUAGGAACAGAAAGCAUCGAAGAUAUCAUUGGAGAUUUCAGUCAAGCAAUUGAUGCCGUUUUUCCCCAUAGUAGAAUGUGAAUUUUAGCCUGGCUUGAUUACCCGUUCUAUGACAAUCAUAUAUGUACAUAACAAAGUGACUCCGAUAGCUGCGGUGAAAUCCAAAAUUCAGUAACUGAGCUACUUACUUACCA